CUCAGUAGCGACACUGCACCCCUCCAGGAGCCCCCAGCAGCAGUGCAGCUGCUCUGGGGCACUCAGUAGAUGCUAACUAGAGAGAGGAGCAUGUGCAGUGGCGAUCCAGUGCACAGUGCAGGGAGGGGCACAGUGAAGACAUCCACAGAGGGGAAUAGCGGAUGUGGAGAGGGUGACCGAUCCCACCAGGGACCUGGAGAGCGCAGUGACAUUCAAGCCAGUCUUUCUAGGCAUUCCUGACAGGCCUAGGAGUGUGUAAAUGUCCAAUAUGUUGUGGGAGCUCCCUUUCUGUAUGACAGUGCUGAGCCAGGACCUACGGGGGCCAUGAGAACUAGUCAUUGGAGGUGCAGUGCUGGCCUGAUGUGUUUCCCCUACUUAGUCGUUCCUGUCAGUCUUCCGCUCACUGGUGAUGCUGGAGAAGACAGUGGAGAAAUGCUGCAUCUCCAUGAAUGGCAGGAGCAGCCGCCUGGUGGUCCAGCUGCACUGUAAAUACGGACUGUGAGUCCCUGCAGGCUGUCUUCGAUCCAGCCUCGUGCCCCCAUGUGCUCCAGGCCCCAGCAAAGGUUCUGGGGGAGGCUGUUCUGCCCUUCCCCCCUGCGCUGGCCGAAGUGACGCUGGGCAUUGGCCGUGGCCGCAGGGUCAUCCUGCGCAGCUACCAGGAGGAGGAGGCAGACAGCACUGUCAAAGCCAUGGUGACUGAGAUGAGCAUUGGGGAGGAGGAUUUCCAGCAGCUGCAGGCCCAAGAAGGGGUGGCCAUCACUUUCUGUCUCAAAGAAUUCCGGGGGCUCCUGAGCUUCGCAGAGUCAGCAAACUUGUCUCUUAGCAUUCACUUUGAUGCUCCUGGCAGGCCAGCCAUCUUUACCAUCAAGGACUGUCUGCUGGAUAGCCACUUUGUCUUGGCCACACUCUCGGAGUCAUCUCCAAACUCCCAGGACCUACGCUCCCCAGAGCUCCACCGGCCAGCACCUCAGCUCCAGGCUCACAGCACCCCCCAGCUGGAUGACUUUACGAAUGACGACAUUGACUCUUACAUGAUUGCCAUGGAAACCACUGUGGGCUGUGAGAGCUCACGAACACUCCCCUCCAUUUCCCUCUCACCUGGCCUCCAGCUCCCCUGCAACUCUGAGGAGGAAGCUGAAGCUGAGCUCAGUACAGUGCCUGGGACCCCUCCUCCCAAGAAGUUCCGCUCGCUGUUCUUUGGCUCCGUCCUGGCCCCUGCACACUCCCCCCUGGGCCCCAGCCCUGUGCUGGCUGAAGACAGUGAGGGUGAAAGCUGAACUGAGAACCUCUUCUGUGUCCUGAGGCCCUGGACUAUAUGAAGCCACAGCCUCCCACUUCUCAGCACCAGGCAGGGGCAGGGCUGGAUUUCCACCCUAGCGGGUAGUAAAGGUGGGCUGCGCUGGAGCUGAGCUGGCUGGUCCUGCUGCAUCCCCAUGCCCCAGCCAGCUAUUGGUAACUGGCCUGGGUCCUGUCAAGUCCCCCAACCAAUCAUGUUUCCAGGCUUGGCACUGAUGGGAGGCCCCUCACCUCUGGCCAAGGCUGGGCACCUACCUUCCUUAAGAAAAAAAUCAAAGUGGGGCUGCUGGCCCCUGGUGAUCCACCUUUUCUGCCAAUCAUGACUUGUCCCUCCCCCAAGUCCUGGGCACACCUCUGGGAUCUCCUGUAGCUGACUGACUCUUCUUGCUUUCUCAAUAUUCUUUGGCCCUGGCUUGGAAUUCUAGGAGCCCCGUGGAUGUUAACAUGUGGCUGGGGUUGCCCUGCCUGGGGCCCCAUGCCCAGCAAGCCUGCCCUCCCAAGUGGCUCUGGGCAGAAGGAUGCCAGGCCCAGUGUUUGGGACAAGGGAGACAAGCCAGGGCAAGAAUCCAGCUUUGACCUUUAUUCAAGAGACCAGAUGGGUUGCCCAGGAUCUGGCUGCCAGCCCUGAGGCCAAGCAAGGCUGGAGACCCACAAUCUGGCCCUGCUUUGCCCUGAGCUGCAGCCUCAGCCCCAGGAUUCUGCUUGUAGCCACCAAGGCACAGGCAGAAAGAGCCCUGGGGGCUUGAACGCUGCUAUUGAUUCAUUAAAAAAGAAAAGAAAAAUA